GGCGGGGGAAGCGCGGAGAGCCUAGGAGGGCAGGCGGUGGCGGGGCCGCCCGCCUCGCGGACAGCUUCACGCCGCCGGCCCACGCCGCAGUGUGUUUUGUGGACGGCACCUUCCCAGACCGCCCAGUAGAGCCCAGCUCGGCGCCCGGCAGCCUUCGUCGCGAUGUUCCGCCGGAGCUUUAAUCGUUUUUGUGCUGGAGAAGAGAAAAGAGUCGGUACGCGCACAGUGUUUGUUGGCAAUCAUCCAGUUUCAGAAACAGAAGCUUACAUUGCACAAAGAUUUUGUGAUAAUAGAAUAGUCUCAUCCAAGUAUACACUUUGGAAUUUCCUCCCAAAGAAUCUAUUUGAACAGUUUAGAAGAAUUGCAAAUUUUUAUUUUCUCAUCAUUUUCCUUGUUCAGGUCACAGUGGACACACCGACUAGCCCAGUUACCAGUGGACUCCCACUCUUCUUUGUUAUAACUGUUACAGCCAUCAAGCAGGGAUAUGAGGAUUGGCUAAGACACAGAGCUGACAAUGAAGUCAACAAGAGCACUGUUUACAUUAUUGAAAAUGCAAAGCGAGUGAGAAAAGAGAGUGAAAAAAUCAAGGUCGGUGAUGUAGUAGAAGUACAGGCAGAUGAAACCUUCCCCUGUGAUCUCAUUCUUCUCUCAUCCUGCACUGGCGACGGAACCUGUUACGUGACUACAGCCAGUCUUGAUGGGGAAUCCAACUGCAAAACACAUUAUGCGGUACGGGACACCAUUGCACUAUGUACAGCUGAGUCCAUUCAUACCCUCCGAGCAGCAAUCGAAUGUGAGCAGCCGCAGCCGGACCUCUACAAGUUUGUUGGGCGAAUCAAUAUCUAUAGUAAUAGUCUUGAGGCGGUUGCCAGGUCUCUGGGACCUGAGAAUCUCUUAUUGAAAGGAGCUACACUAAAAAAUACCAAGAAGAUAUAUGGAGUUGCUGUUUACACUGGGAUGGAAACCAAAAUGGCUUUGAACUACCAAGGGAAAUCUCAGAAGCGUUCUGCUGUUGAAAAAUCCAUUAAUGCCUUCUUGAUUGUGUAUUUAUUUCUGUUACUGACCAAAGCUGCAGUAUGCACUACUCUAAAGUACGUUUGGCAAAGUACCCCGUAUAACGAUGAACCUUGGUACAACCAAAAGACUCAGAAAGAGCGGGAAUCGUUGAAGGUUUUGAAGAUGUUCACUGACUUCCUGUCAUUUAUGGUUCUGUUCAACUUUAUCAUACCUGUAUCCAUGUAUGUCACGGUAGAAAUGCAGAAAUUCUUGGGCUCCUUCUUCAUUUCAUGGGAUAAGGACUUUUAUGAUGAAGAAAUUAAUGAAGGAGCCCUGGUUAACACAUCAGACCUUAAUGAAGAACUUGGUCAGGUGGACUAUAUAUUCACAGACAAGACUGGAACACUCACUGAAAAUAGCAUGGAAUUCAUUGAGUGCUGCAUAGAUGGACACAAAUACAAAGGUGCAGCGCAGGACACCGAUGGUCUCUCGCAGACUGAUGGACCCUUAACGUAUUUUGACAAAGCAGAUAAGAACCGAGAAGAGCUCUUUCUGCGUGCCUUGUGCUUAUGUCACACUGUAGAAGUUAAAACAAAUGAUACUGUUGAUGGGCCUACGGAAUCAGCUGCGUUAACUUAUAUGUCCUCCUCGCCAGAUGAGAUCGCUUUGGUGAAAGGAGCUAAAAAGUACGGGUUCACUUUUGUAGGAAUUCGGAACGGCCAUAUGAGAGUAGAGAACCAAAGAAAAGAAAUAGAAGAGUAUGAACUUCUUCACACCUUAAACUUUGACGCUGUCCGUCGUCGUAUGAGUGUCAUUGUGAAGACUCAAGCAGGAGACAUCCUUCUCUUUUGUAAAGGAGCAGACUCCGCGGUCUUCCCCAGGGUGCAAAAUCAUGAAAUUGAGUUAACAAAAGCCCAUGUGGAACGUAAUGCCAUGGAUGGAUAUCGGACACUUUGUGUAGCCUUCAAAGAAAUCACUCCAGAUGAUUAUGAAAGAAUUAACAGACAGCUCAUAGAGGCAAAAAUGGCCCUACAAGACAGAGAAGAAAAAAUGGAAAAAGUUUUUGAUGAUAUUGAGACAAACAUGAAUUUAAUUGGAGCCACUGCAGUGGAAGACAAGCUGCAAGAUGAAGCAGCUGAGACCAUCGAAGCUCUGCACGCGGCCGGUCUGAAAGUCUGGGUGCUCACCGGCGACAAGAUGGAGACGGCCAAGUCCACUUGUUACGCGUGCCGCCUCUUCCAGACCAGCACGGAGCUCUUGGAACUGACCACUAAAACCAUCGAAGAAAGUGAAAGGAAAGAAGAUCGGUUACAUGAAUUGUUGAUAGAAUAUCGUAAGAAGUUGCUGCAUGAUUUUCCUAAAAGUACUAGAAGCCUUAAAAAAGCAUGGACAGAACAUCAAGAAUACGGAUUAAUCAUCGAUGGCUCCACGUUGUCACUCAUACUAAAUUCUAGUCAAGACUCCAGUUCUAACAAUUACAAAAGCAUUUUCUUGCAGAUCUGCAUGAAGUGCACUGCUGUGCUCUGCUGCCGGAUGGCGCCAUUACAGAAAGCCCAGAUUGUCAGAAUGGUGAAGAACCUAAAAGGCAGCCCAAUAACAUUGUCGAUAGGUGACGGUGCCAAUGAUGUUAGUAUGAUCUUGGAAUCCCAUGUGGGAAUAGGUAUUAAAGGCAAAGAAGGUCGCCAAGCAGCCAGGAAUAGCGAUUAUGCUGUUCCGAAGUUUAAACAUUUAAAGAAACUGCUCUUGGCUCACGGACACCUAUAUUAUGUGAGAAUAGCACACCUUGUACAGUAUUUCUUCUAUAAGAACCUUUGUUUCAUUUUGCCACAAUUUUUGUACCAGUUCUUCUGUGGAUUCUCACAACAGCCACUGUAUGAUGCCGCUUACCUUACGAUGUACAACAUCUGCUUUACAUCCUUGCCCAUCCUGGCCUACAGUUUACUGGAACAGCACAUCAACAUUGACACUCUGACCUCAGAUCCCCGAUUGUAUAUGAAAAUUUCUGGCAAUGCCAUGCUACAGCUGGGACCCUUCUUAUACUGGACGUUUCUAGCUGCAUUUGAAGGGACAGUGUUCUUCUUUGGGACUUACUUUCUUUUUCAGACUUCAUCCCUUGAAGAAAAUGCAAAGGUAUAUGGAAACUGGACUUUUGGAACCAUUGUUUUUACAGUCUUAGUAUUCACUGUAACUCUGAAGCUCGCCUUGGAUACUCGUUUCUGGACAUGGAUAAAUCACUUUGUGAUUUGGGGCUCUUUAGCCUUCUAUGUAUUUUUCUCAUUCUUCUGGGGAGGAAUUAUUUGGCCUUUUCUCAAACAACAGAGAAUGUAUUUCGUAUUUGCUCAAAUGCUGUCUUCUGUAUCUACAUGGUUGGCCAUAGUUCUUCUAAUAUUUAUCAGCCUUUUCCCUGAGAUUCUCCUGAUAGUAUUAAAGAAUGUAAGAAGAAGAAGUGCCAGGAGAAAUCUGAGCUGUAAAAGGGCAUCUGACUCAUUAUCCGCCAGACCUUCAGUCAGACCUCUUCUUUUACGAACAUUCUCAGACGAAUCUAAUAUAUUGUAACAGAAUCCGAAUCUUGAGCUGCCUAUGUUAUUGUCCUACAAGCAUAUUGACAAUGGUUACAGCUAAAAAAGAAAGCAGGAAGAAACAACUACAAAAAGUUAUCAUCUCAGGAUACUCAAUAUGCAACAAAUUAAACCACUCUCUUAUGUCUAGGGUUCAGAAUCAAUGUCCAUUAAAAUACCAAAUGACUCUCUUAAGCAUUUACAGUUAUUGUUAAGUAGCCGUUAUGGCCAAAGCUCUAAGUUAAGAAUCAUGUGAAAGUUGAAAGCACGAAUAAUUAGAAUUUCUGGCUUUAGAUAGAGUAACAUAACUACCAAAUGUGGGUGCUUCUUUAACCCAUGAACUCUGUGAAUGGAUCUGAACAUAAUAGUAUAAAGUAGAAGUCAUACAACGGGAAUGAAUAGAUUUUGCUAAUCUUAAUUUUUUUGCCUGGCAGAAGAAAUAGGCUGUUUGGAUCACAUUUCUUGUUCCUGCUGAAUGAUGGUCUUAAAUUAUUUUUUCAAACACAUGAAAGGAAUACUUGAACAUACAAGAAGACUAAAUGGUAUCAGUGCAUCAGAAUAGUCAACCUUUGUGUUCACCCACGUGCUCAUUUUGUCUCCAUAGAAUAUCCUUUGUCCCCCCCCGCCCAAGAAAAAACCUUGAAUCCUUACGGGGAAAGAAUGUUCACCCUGGAUAUUUUUGUGAGAAUCCAAAAAAUUGCUUAUUUUAUUUUUGUUCUUCUGAAUUAAAUCCUAUUUAAUGGGUGUGUGGCUACUAGAUUUGAAAAUAAGACCUUUCCAGUCGCUUAGUAAGUAGCCCGUCCAGGCAGUUAAGAGGUAACAGAUUUUUCCAGUAUCAGUUUUACUGGGAUCUGAGGCAAGAUAGGCAAAACCAUAAUUACAUUUUAAAAAGCCAUCUGAACAUCAGUCUUUUAUAAUUUUUUGUGGAGGGGUGGAAAACAGCUUAUUUCAAACUGUUAAUGGUUAUUUUUUAAAAGAGGCCGCCUUUGUGCAUAUAUGCAGCACUUUUUUUUCUGUAACUUGCCAGUUUGGGAAAGAGGGAUCCAUCCCAGGAUGGUGGUGAUUCAGCCUACAGAGCCGUGACCCUGAACAUGAAUGUUUUCUCUCUCAGCGAACAUGCUUCGGUGAUGGUCUAACUUUAAACCGUGAGAGUCACCUUGGUAAAGUCCUCAACUUCUGGAAUAGAGCAAGGCUUUAGCCUCCUAAUGAGUUCACUUAAAACGUAAAAAUAAAUGUGAAACGUCUUUAUUAAAUGUUAAAAUUAAACAUACUUUUUUUGGAUAUAAAUGGCUACAUUUGACUACUAGAUUGAAAUGGGCACUGAAAACGUGUUUUCAGGGGCGCAUGGCUGGCUCAGUCAGUGAAGCAUGCAUCCCUUGGACCUUGGGGUUGU